AUGAUCAAGAAGCACGGACUACCAUUUAGUAUCGACCACAAAAUUCGCAUGCUGUUCCGAGAACCUGAAGCCCUCUUCGGGCAGUAUUACCUCAAGAAAUACGAUGUGUCCGGACCGACACAUGGCAUUUAUGACUCGCUUGGUGGUCUUAAAGCGGUCCAUUCGAUCGACGUAGAAAAUUUAAAGGCCGUCUUGUGUACUUCAUUCGGCGAUUGGGUCGUAUCCAAGGCUCGACGUCAAGCAUUGAAGCCACUCGCUCAAGGAGGAAUCCUGACGACCGAAGGAACGGAAUGGCUCCAUAAUCGCAAGUUCUUCCAGCGACAUCUCAAUUCGGUCAAGUCGCGCGACAUGCGUGAUGUGGAGGGCGAUAUUCAAUUGUUGUUUGUGGCAACCGGAGAGGUCAACGACGAAGGCUGGACCUUGCGAGAAGUCAACAUGUCCGAUCUGCUGCAACGAUUAACGUUGGAUGCUUCGACGCGAUUUCUUUUCGGAGUCACAGCCGAGGCACAGGUUUCUGGAAUGCUGGAGUCCAGCAUGUCUUACUCCCCGGAGAAGCGCAGCGACAUGCAGACCGCCAUGGCCAAAUACACCGAAGCGCUACAGUUUAUUCGUACCAUGGUCACAGCACGAGGUGCAUUAGGAUCAGCGGGAUGGAUGGCUGACAGUUUCAAGUAUCGCCGCGCAUGCAGGUAUUUGCAGCAAUUUGCGGAUCUGCUCAUCGAAAACGGUUUGAAAAAUGCCGAGUCCGCAGGUUUGAUCAAUCAGAUGUACGUUGAGCUCCGCGAUCCUAUUCAAGUACGCGACAAUCUCCUCGAACUGGUGCUCGGAGGCCAGAACAUGACCUCGUCCAUUCUCGAGUGGGCUCUCGCGGAGCUCGAGCUUCGCCCGGACGUGUACAAAAACUUGCGCACAGAGAUCCUCGCAACUUUCGGACCAGAACAUUCCAUGGAGAAUGAAAAGCUCUCUGAUCAAUCGCCCAAGGUGGAGAUGACAUGGAAUAAUUUGAAGAAAUGCGAAACGUUGCAGAACGUCCUCAACGAGACAUUACGAUGCUACCCGACGCUUGCCAACAUCAACAAGGCCGCAGCGAGGGAUACGAUUGUCCCAAGGGGUGGUGGUCCCGACGGCAGUCUGCCAGUCGCUGUGUCCAAAGGUGCAACAUUCACAUGCAACAUCUUCCUCAUGCAUCGCCGCAAGCAGAUAUGGGGCGAAGACGCUUGGGAAUGGAAUCCCGAACGUUGGAUCAACCGCUCUGUCGGCCCGGAGUUUGCUGCUUUCGGAGGCGGACAGCGGAUCUGCGUGGGCAAACAAAUGAGCAUCACCCAGAUGUCGUUUGUCCUCGCACGUUUCGUUCAGCACUUCGAGGCCAUCAAGGCUCCUGAUGAUGCCAAUAAUUUGGCGAUGCAAUAUCGACCUGUGCUGGCUCCGAAGCGGGUACGCCUCUUUUUGAAGCGCAGUUCAUAG